AUGGCAGCCAGAGGCGCGUCCACAUCAAAGCCGUAUGGCGGAGGUCAAGGUAGCUUGGCGGCCCAUGACUUCUUCGACGGCCGACUACCAACUCCCCCAAAUCUGCCUCCGAGCCACUCUGCCAGCGGACAUGUGAGCAGCAGUCGCGCCGGCCCGCCCAGCCCUGCACACUCCCACCGUCUCUCUCCAUCAAUCGCUCACGCAUCAGCCGCUGCAUCGGCAGACCGCGGGCAGGCGCCGCAGCAACAGCCUACGCGGAGCCUGUGGGUCGGCAACCUAAGUAGCUCGACGACGGGCCAAAAGCUGACGCAGGCGUUUGCUCAGUACGGCGCAAUUGAGAGCAUGAGAUUGCUGCCCGACAAGGAGUGCGGCUUUGUCAACUUCGUCGAGGUCGCCGAUGCUAUCCAAGCACGCGAUGACAUCUUGAACCGAUUGGGUGGCCGUGUCAGGGGCCUCUGUGCGGAGUCAUCGACGCCGAUCAAGAUUGGCUAUGGCAAGAUUGACGAGUCGUCUCCCAAUCUCAAAGCUCGUGCGCAGAGCCCGCAGGGACUUGGUACGGGUGAGCGAGACGACGCACCGCCCACGAGGGCCUUGUGGGUCGGCAGCAUCCCCAGCUCGACGAGCCCCGCAGCUCUCCUCAGCAUCUUUCAGCCGUUUGGGCCAGUUGAGAGUGCAAGGAUCCUUACACACAAAAAUUGCGGCUUUGUCAACUUUGAGAGAAUCGACGACGCCGUCCGUGCCCGCAAGCUGCUCAAUGGCCACGACAUCUUGGGUCCAGAGGUCGGCGCCGUGCGCGUUGGCUUCGCCAAAGUGCCGAGCAAGCUUGAAGAUGGCUCGUACCCAGGCGAGCCGAACAGCGAGGGAUACUCGAUCGCGACGGAUCAGCUCAACAAUCUCAAAGGCAGCAAUGGUGUGCCGGUCGAGCAGCAGAUGAAGCCCGGCAACUUGGAGAGCUACCGCAGCCACUUUGUCACCGAAAUGCUUCAUGAAUCCACCGUCGAUGCUCACCUCAAUGUUGUCUCCCAGUUCCGUUCGCCUGCGACCUACUACACGAGCAUCCCAGUCGUCAGCGAAUCCAAUGCUUCUCGCCGCUUCGACACAGCCAAGCUGCGAGACAUGCGCAAGUUCAUUGAGCAAGGUCAAUGUCAUCAAGUCGACAUCGACAACCUCGCCCUCAGCCUCCUCGACUCCAUCGUCGACCUGGCGUCAGACUACAUCGGCAACACGUUGGUGCAAAAGUUCUUCGAGCGCUGUUCUGAGCCCAUCAAGACUAGGAUGCUUGAGUUAGUUGCCCCCAGCCUCGCCACGGUGGGCAUACACAAGAAUGGGACGUGGGCAGCACAGAAAAUCUUGGACAUGGCACAGUCUCCCGAGCAGCGGUCGCUCAUUGCACAUCACCUUCGUCCUUUCAUCCCACCUCUGCUCCUGGACCAGUUUGGUAACUACGUCGUGCAAUGCCUGCUGCCCUACGGCGCCGAGCCCGAAGCAGGCGAUGAGCUACGCAGUCGCUCCGACUUCAUCUUUGACGCCAUGGUCGACCGCUGCUGGGAGAUUGCCCAAGGUCGCUUUGGUGCUCGCAGCAUGCGGGCCUGUCUUGAGAGCCCACUGGCCACAAAUCUCCAGAAGAAGCGUGUCGCCAUGGCUGUAGUGCUCAACUCUGUCCCCUUGGCCACAAGUCCCAACGGCUCGCUACUCCUCAAUUGGCUCCUCGAUGCUUCCAAUUUGCCAGGGCGCUACCGUCUCCUCUCGCCACGCUUCACGCCGCACCUGGCACACCUCUGCACUCACAAGCUCGCGUCUCUUACAGUGCUCCGCAUCGUCAAUCAGCGCCUUGAGUCAGAAGCGGCGCAUUCGCUUCUGGACGCCCUC